AUGGGACGUGAACUUCGUCUACCUUGUGACCUGAGGUUUGGUUGCCUACCAGGGGAACAUAUUGCUGGAGAAGAUUAUGUCAGCAAUUUACGUAGGAAAAUGAGCGACAUUCACAGCCGAGUUCGUUUAAACAUCCAGAAGUGCCAGUGAUAGAAUGAAAGAGGCAUACUACGUCAAGGCGGAGAAUGGAGGAUUUCAACCAGGAGACCUAGUUUGGUUAUACAACCCUCAGCGCCGUCGUGGUUAUUCACCGAAGCUGCAGACUUCUUGGGAAGGACCAUACGAAGUCAUGGAUCGCAUAAAUGACAUCAUCUACAGGAUCAGAAAACAACCAAGAGGAAAGCCGAAAGUGAUCCAUUUCAACCGAUUGGCUCCUUACGCUGGAAACAAUGAUCAAAUAGACGAUGCUAGAGUAAGGAGACUUAAUCCGGCGGAAGACGACUUGCCUUUUGAAGACUUCAUGUAUUCAUAUUCGAGCGGUAAAAAAGCUCGGUAUGGUGUCACUCGAGAAGAGCAAAAAGAUCUGUUCACGGUUUCGGCCGAUUACUCCUUGGCUCACUGUGUUGCGGAAGACCUUAGGAUGUCCAGGGGAAUAGCGGUUAUCUUUAAAAACAAAUUUGGACGGGUCGACGAGCUACAAAGGCAGAGUCCCAAAGUUGGAAAGGUGCUUGAAAUUGUGGAUAAUGAGCAGAUAGGUAACCGAAGUAUCUUCUAUCUGGUAACGAAGCAACUCUCCAAUCAGAAGCCAGACUACCGUGAUGUAUGGCAUGCCUUAAAUAAAUUGAGGGAUACCCUUUUGUCCAAGGACAUCAUGAACCUGGCGAUACCAAAGAUUGCUUGUGGACUUGACGGUUUAGACUGGAGAAUAAUUAGAAGUAUGGUGGAAGUUAUCUUUAGAUUUAGUGGCAUACACAUUCUUGUCUGUUGCCACAACCCUAAAAGAACCACAGGAAGGAAGACCGUAGACUGCUACUUCUAUAGGACGUCACAAUGCAAGUUUGGAUCUCUAUGCAAAUAUCGCCAUGGAGCUGAGGACCAUUUUCGGGACGAAAAUGUUUUAAGACGGGGGCAAUGUAGCGAGUACCGCCCUGGAUAUCGGAGUGAUGACUCAUCGCCGAUUAGUCAUUGCCGGUGA